AUGGCGCUCCGACGCCUCUCCCGCGCCGUCAGGCGGCGCGCCUUCCCCAUAUUCGUCGUGCUGACGCUGCUCUUCCCCUUCGUCGUCGAGAUGCUCAUCCACCGCACAAAGUGGACGGUGCCGCUGCCGGACCCCAAGGACGUCGACGGACCCUUCGAGACGGGCUGCCGCGAGCCCGACACGUCGCAGCCGCGCGAGAAGGCCGCGCUCGUCAUGCUCACGCGCAACAAGGAGCUCGAGCAGGCCAAGCACUCGGUCGAGUCGAUCGAGCGCCACUUCAACCGCUGGUACCACUACCCCAUCGUCUUCUUCAACGACGAGGAGUGGGACCAGCGCUUCAUCGACGAGCUCAACGCCACCGUGAGCGGCGAGGCGCGCUUCGAGGUCAUCCCCCAGGACGUGUGGAGCUUCCCGCCCUGGAUCGACGUCGACAAGGCCAAGGCCUCCAUCAAGGACCAAGGGGAGAGGGGCAUCGCGUACGGCGGCCUCGAGGGGUACCACCACAUGUGCCGCUUCUACUCGGGCCACUUCUACACGCUGCCGGCACUGAAGGAGUUCGAGUGGUACUGGCGCCUCGAGCCCGACGUCGACUUCAUGUGCGCCAUCACCUACGACCCCUUUGUCGAGAUGCGCAAGCGCGGCAAGAUCUACGGCUACGCCCAGGCCCUCUGGGAGGUCACCGAGUCGUGCCCGAGCCUGUUCAUGGAGAUGAACGACUGGAAGGAGAGCCACCGCAUCCCGACCAACAACCUGUGGCGCGCCAUGAUGCGGCCCUCGUGGGUGCCCUUCCCGCUCCGCCGGCUCUUCGCCGCGCCGAACCGCGACCACGACCGCUUUGGCGACACGUGGAGCCGGUGCCAUUACUGGAGCAACUUUGAGAUCGCCAAGAUGGAGUUCUUCCGCAGCAAGGAGUACCAGGACCUGUUUGAGUACCUGGACAAGAAGGGCGGCUUCUACUACGAGCGGUGGGGAGACGCCCCCAUCCACUCCCUGGCCGUGGCCAUGCUCGUCGACCCGACCAAGGUGCACCACUUCGAGGACGUGGGCUACCGCCACGACAAGUUCUUCCAGUGCCCCGCCAACGCGCCCGGCCGCCAGCUGCCGGACUCGAAGCUGCUGGGCAGCGACUCGUACUUCGAGGAGAUCGAGGGCGGCAGCGGCUGCCGCUGCGAGUGCGACGGCCGCUGGACGCGCAACCACCAGGCCUACUGCCUCAACAAGCUCAAGCAGCCCGUCAGCACGUACCGGCCCUCCUUCGCCUGGCUGAGGUAG